AUGCUACCUGUCGCCAAGUUGAUCGAGAAGCCGCUGUUUUUGGCCAUCAAGCGGACCUGCCCCUACUGCCAACGUGCCCUGCAGCUUGCUCAGGAGCACGGUGUUACUCCCGAGGUUGUAGAUGUCCUGGAAAAUGAAGCCACCAUGGAGCUGCGCGAGGAGCUCACGGCUAGAACCGGCCAGCGGACCGUCCCUUAUGUCUUUUCAAAGGGCCGGUUCAUUGGCGGCUAUACUGAGCUUGCCCAGGAGCCCCAGUCGUUCUGGGAUAGCCUGAAAUAG